UGCCCGCCCAUCUGGGUCCCUUGACCCGAACCCUGCCAUUCGGGCCGGCGGGAGGACUCCUCGUCCGCUCCAGCCAGCGCUGUUCAUCCCGGCAGACCCAGCUCGCGACUCCUUCCGUUUUGCGUUGAGGGCUUAAGAUGGACGGCAGGGAAGGCAGUGCUGGGCAGCCCGGCCCUGCGGAGCGGUCCCACCGCAGCAGCGUGUCCUCCGUGGGCGCCCGAGCGGCUGAUGUGCUGGUAUACCUGGCGGAUGACACCGUGGUGCCCCUGGCUAUGGAGAACCUGCCCUCUCUCAGCGCCCACGAGCUGCACCGGGCCGUCCGUGAGGUGCUGCAGCUGCCGGAUGUCGCCGUGGAGGCCUUCGCGCUCUGGCUGGUCUCACCUCUGCUGGAGGUGCAGCUGAAGCCCAAGCACCAGCCCUACAAGCUAGGCCGCCAGUGGCCGGAACUGCUGCUGCGCUUCACCGACGCGCCGGACGACGACGUGGCCAUGGACGAACCCUCCCUGCAGUUCCGAAGGAAUGUGUUUUUCCCCAAGCGGCGGGAGCUCCAGAUCCAAGAUGAGGAGGUCCUGCGGCUGCUCUACGAGGAGGCCAAGGGCAACGUGCUGACCGUGCGCUACCCGUGCGACCCGGAGGACUGCGAGGCGCUGGGUGCCCUGGUGUGCCGUGUGCAGCUUGGGCCCUACCAGCCCGGCCAGCCUGCAGCCUGCACCUUGAGGGAGAAGUUGGACUCCUUUCUCCCUGCCCACCUCUGCAAGCGGGGCCAUGGACUCUUUGCUGCCCUCCGGGGCCGCGGGGCCAAAGCUGGACCUGGCGAGCAAGGGCUGCUGCAUGCCUACCGUCAGGUGAAGGAGGCCGGUGGCAGCGAACACGAGGCUGCUCUGAGUACCCACUACCGUGCCUACCUCCUCAGGUGCCACGAGCUGCCCUUCUACGGGUGCGCCUUCUUCCACGGUGAGAUCGACAAGCCAGCCCAGGGCUUUUUACACCGCAGUGGGCGCAAGGCUGUGACUGUGGCCAUCAAUUUGGAAGGAGUUCAUGUCAUUGACCACAGGGAGAAGCACGUGCUGCUGGGCCUGCGUUUCCAGGAGCUGUCAUGGGACCACACCUCCCCUGAAGAGGAAGAGCCUGUCCUCUGGCUGGAGUUCGAUGGGGACAGCGAGGGCACACCUGUCAACAAGCUGCUGCGGAUCUACUCCAAGCAGGCCGAGCUUAUGAGCAGCCUCAUUGAGUACUGCAUCGAGCUGAGCCAGGUCGCCGAGCCCAUCGCCCCCCAGGACAGUGCGACCGGCCCCCGCUCAGCCCCCGGCUCCUUGCCGCCACCAUCGCAGCGCCCCAAGCUGCGGAGGCAGAGCAGCGUGGUGUGCAGCCGGAUCCAGCAUCUGUCCACCAUCGACUACGUGGAGGAUGGCCAGGGCAUCAAGCGGGUGAAGCCGAAGCGGUCGACGUCUUUCUUCAGCCGCCAACUGUCCAUGGGCCAAGGGAGCUACACCGUGGUGCAGCCCGCAGACAGCGGGGAGCAGGAGUCAGGGUGACCGCCAGGCGGGAGCUGUCUCCACACCCAAAUCCACAGGGCCAGGGCCCAGCUGGGCUGCCUGGACUGCUCGGGCCCUGGGGGUGGGCUCCAGGCCAUGCCUCCCCUGGACCCAGUCCCCCACCCCUGGGGAUGAGCUUGUCCGGGCAGGCGCGGCUGUGCUGAAGGGCGCAGGCGGCACUGCAGCAGGCAGCUGAGGCUCACAGCCUCCAGCAGGUGCCCGGCU